UGUCCCAAGGAAACCGAUGGGAUUCUGAACCCGGGCGGUUGAGUUGCUGCAGCUACCACUUUCUUAGUGAAGCCUUUGGUAGUUGUCGGCCUAAUGAGAGGACGGCAAAGAACACUUUUCCAGACGUGGGGCUCAAGCAUCUCCCGAUCCUCUGGGGCUUCUGGUUGCAGCACAGGAACUGAGCGACCUCCCAGCCCUGGCGGCUCCCGGGAGCCUUUGCCAGCAACCGCGGAGGCUCAGCAGGAGUCGGACGACGAUGUGUUGCUGGUCGCGGUAUACGAGGCUGAGAGGCAACUAAGUCUAGAGAAUGGCGGGUUCUGCACCUCAGCUGGCGCCCUGUGGAUUUACCCCACCAAUUGCCCGGUCCGGGACUACCAGCUGCGCAUCUCCCGGACUGCUUUGUUCUGCAACACGCUGGUGUGUCUGCCUACUGGGCUAGGAAAGACCUUUAUUGCCGCCGUGGUGAUGUACAAUUUCUACCGCUGGUUUCCUUCGGGCAAGGUGGUCUUCAUGGCCCCCACGAAACCCUUGGUGACACAGCAGAUCGAGGCUUGCUACCAGGUGAUGGGUAUCCCACAGUCCCACAUGGCCGAAAUGACAGGGUCUACUCAAGCUCUCACCAGGAAAGAAAUAUGGUGCAAUAAGAGGGUCCUUUUUCUUACACCUCAGGUCAUGGUAAAUGACCUUUCUAGAGGAGUCUGUCCUGCUGUUGAAAUAAAGUGCUUAGUUAUUGAUGAAGCUCAUAAAGCUCUCGGAAACUAUGCUUAUUGCCAGGUUGUGAGAGAACUACUCAAAUACACAAAUCACUUUAGAAUCUUGGCUCUUACUGCCACACCCGGUAGUGAUAUAAAGGCUGUGCAACAGGUUAUUACUAACCUACUAAUCGGGCAAAUAGAGCUUCGGUCUGAGGAUUCUCCAGAUAUUUUGCCGUACUCUCAUGAAAGACGAGUGGAGAAGCUUGUUGUUCCUCUUGGUGAAGAACUUGCAGCCAUCCAGAAGACAUAUGUCCAGGUUUUGGAAGCAUUUGCCAGUUCUUUGAUUCAGAGGAAUGUUUUGAGAAGGGAUAUUCCCAAUCUAACAAAAUACCAGAUAAUUCUGGCAAGAGAUCAAUUUAGGAAAAACCCAUCUCCAAAUAUUGUGGGAAAACAACAAGGUGUGAUCGAGGGAGAGUUUGCUAUUUGUAUUAGUUUAUAUCAUGGUUAUGAGUUGUUGCAGCAAAUGGGAAUGAGAUCAUUAUAUUACUUCCUUUGUGGAAUUAUGGAUGGAACUAAAGGAAUGACACGGUCAAAAAAUGAACUUAGCCGGAAUGAGGACUUCAUGGAACUCUAUAAUCAGCUGGAGGGCAUGUUUGCGCACACCAGCAGUCCCUCAGCAGGUGGCAUUGCUGCUCUCCAGAAAGGAAAUACAGAUAAAAAAUUUUUUUAUAGUCAUCCAAAGUUAAAGAAAUUAGAAGAAGUUGUAGUUGAACACUUCAAAUCAUGGAAUGCUAAAAACACCUCUGAAAAGAAAUGUGACGAGACCAGAGUUAUGAUCUUCUCUUCGUUUCGAGAUAGUGUUCAAGAAAUUGCACAAAUGCUUUUACAGCAUCAGCCAGUUAUUAGAGUAAUGACUUUUGUUGGCCAUGCCUCGGGAAAAAGCACGAAAGGUUUUACCCAGAAGGAACAAGUAGAGGUAGUCAAACGAUUUCGUGAUGGUGGUUAUAACACAUUGGUUUCUACCUGUGUUGGUGAAGAAGGUUUGGAUAUAGGCGAAGUUGAUCUUAUAAUAUGUUUUGAUGCUCAGAAGAGCCCAAUUCGUCUUGUACAGCGAAUGGGCAGAACUGGCCGCAAACGUCAAGGCAGGAUUGUUGUUAUCCUUGCUGAAGGCCGAGAAGAACGUAUUUAUAAUCAAAGCCAAUUCAACAAAAGAAGAAUUUAUAAAGCUAUUUCAGGUAACAGGCAGGUCCUUCAUUUUUACCAAAGAAGUCCACGAAUGGUUCCCGAUGGAAUCAAUCCAGAAUUGCACAAAAUGUUCAUCACACAUGGUGUCUAUGAACCAGAGAAGUCUUCUCGAAACAUGCAGCGAAAGUCAUCUAUUGUUGCCUGUAGGAAUGGAAUGAAGCAAAGUAACUCAAAGAAAGGUUGGUUUUUAUCAGAAGAAGAAUAUGAAGUAUGGAACAGACUUUAUAGAUUAAGAGACAGUGAUGAAAUUAAGGAGAUAACAUUGCCUCCAGUUCAGUUUCUGUCCCUGCAAAGUGAGGAGAGUAGACCAAUUCAAGAACCGACCAUUGGAAUCCAUCAGCUCUCUCUCUCUGAAUGGAGAGUGUGGCAGGAUCAUCCUUUUCCUACACAUCAAGUUGACCAUUCCGAUCGCUGCCACCAUUUUAUAAGUCUUAUGCAAAUGAUAGAGGGAAUGAGACAUGAAGAGGGAGAAUGCAGCUAUGAAUUGAAAAUUAAAUCCUAUUUACAUAUGGAAGAUGUUAGCUCAAUAUUAAGUGCUCCCAGGAAUGAAUAUAGUAAUUUUGCCAGUGCCACCUUUAUUCCUCACAACAAAUCUUCAUUUACAAGGACUACAAGUCAAGGCAGUUUAUUGCCAAUGGUGGAAUCUGAUGAAGAAUGUUCUGAAAUUUUUAAAAAAACUCCUGUAAAACCUACCAAAAUUGUUUCUCUGAAGAAAAAAGCUUCUAAAGAAAUGAAAGGAGAUCAACUUAAAAAACAAAAUAAUGAUGGUGUUAUGUAUUCUUUAGAUAUUGACAGAAGUUCUGUUGAAAAUAUUUUUCAGGUAGAUCUAUCAAAUGAUGGGAGGACGUCAGAUACAGAUGAAGUUGCUUCCGUGUGUACUGUUAAUGAAAGUGUUAAUCAGCCGUGUGUCUUAACGAAGUGUCAGUUAACAAAUAACUCUAGUUCAUUGGCUGGAAAUUUUUUAGAUUCUGGUUAUAACAGUUUCACAGGUGAAAAAUCUCUUUCAUCUGACUUGUUGCUUCCAUUUGAAGAAGACCUUAAUAUUGCUAGAAUAGAUGAUCAGUUUUAUAAUUGUCACUCUUUGACUAAAGAGGUACUGGCUAAUGUAGAAAGAUUUUUAUCUCAUUCUCCUCCGCCACUCAGUGGACUCGCAGAUUUGGAUGAGGAAAUUACCAAGGAAUUUGCACUUAAGAAUUUACUUUUCUUACCCAAUGCAGAGCAUUUACAAAAGCAUGAAUCCAUUUAUUUGAUGUCACAUGCAGCUGUGAAUUCUCAACAGAAUUUAGAAUUGAAUUCAUUCAAACUUAGUAGUCAUCCUUCUGAAAAGAGUUGCCUUUAUGGUGCAACUAGAGAUGAGAAUGCUGUACCGAGCUUCAGCGACUGGGACGGUAAAGUACAUAAAGACAUUCAAAAGGAAAAUUUAGUGAUUAACAAUCACGUUCAAACAUGCAGAGCCCCCAUGGACAAUUUAGUUGAAGAAAACAGCAAUAAUGUAGAUAAUAAUGAUCUCUCAGGAGUGUUGCCUGAUCAGGAUGAGAGUUUACUAUUAUUUGACGAUGUUGAUACAGAAUUUAAUCAUGUGAGUCAGUCUCCCUUAAACAGCAAAGGCAAAUGUUCACGUGUGGCAGACAAAACUGAGUUCAGUGAAGCAGCUCUGGUCUCUCAGUUCUUAAUUUCUGACGAACUUUUGUUAGAAAGUAGUUCUGAAUCCCAGGAUCAAAUCCCCUGUGAUACUGAUCUUUGGAAAUCUCAUGAAGACUUGAGAAGUACACAUGAGGAAGAAAUGAAAAGUGAUGAACCUGUUUAUGAUUGCUCUGGGAGUUUAUUUUCUGUUACCUUUGACUUAGGAUUUCAUAGUCCAGAUUCUGAUAGUGAAAUAUCAGAACAUGCACCAGAUUUAAAUAACAAUAGGCUUCUAGAUGACCUCUCUGGAAGGCCUUCACAUAUUAAGGAGAUAAGCAGUGCAAAUUAUUGUUCAAAUCAAGCAAUAACACACAGAGAUCAUGGUGAAAAUUUUACAAGUGGAACCAAUACUGUCCCAUCAAAUAAAGAAAGGCAGAGUCCACGUUUCGGACAUUUUCCUCUGAGUGAAGACAAAAAUAAAGAAUUUAUGUCUCCUGGUUAUUGUCAGUUUUCUUUGCCAGUAGCAGAAAAAGUUAUGAGUACACCACUUCCUGUGUCAAAGACAUUGAACCUAUUUUCUAAGAUGAGAGAGGAAAUGCCCAAGACACCAGAUUCUAGUAAGGAAGAGGUAAAUCUACAAAGUUUCAAAAAAACAUUGAAUUCAACUUUUGAUUAUUUAGAAUUUUCUCUGGAAAAGGCUAAAAGCAGUGAUCAAAUCGAUCUUCAUCAAUCCUGUCAUCAUUCUGCUAAAGAUAAGCAAUUAUUAACAAGUAAUGAAAGUGAAGAUGAUGUGAUUUUCCGAAGAAAAAGUAAAAAUGCAAAAGAAAAUGUUUUAAAAUCCCCUGAGGAUCAGAAGAAUAGUGAAGUUGAUUCUCCUCUUCAUGCUGUCAAAAAGCGUAGAGUUCCUGUUAACAGAUUAGAAUUAUCAUCUAGUGAUGAAAGUGAGGAUUUUAACAAACCAUAUCCACAAUCAGAAGAUGUCAGGGAAUGUAACAGGAAUGCCAGAAGGGGCAUCAAAAUCCAAAAGAGACAGAGGCACCUAAAGCAUCUAGCUAGGAAGUUUAUAGAUGAUGAAGCUGAACUUUCUGAAGAAGGUGCAGACUGUGUCUCAUCAGAUGAACCCACUGAGCCAGAGAAUGAACAAGAUUCCUCGUUAGUUGACUUUUUAAAUGAUGGGACUCAACUUUCACAGAGUAUAAAUGAUUCUGAAAUGAGAGCGAUUUACAUGAAAUCUUUGCAUAGUCCAUUGAUGAGCACUAAGUACAAGAUGAUCCACAAGAUACGUAGCAAUGUAAACGUUUUCUCACAGAUUCCUGAACAAGAUGAAACGUACUUAGAAGACAGUUUUUGUGUUCACGAAGGAGAGUCUAGUGAAAGCCAGUCAAGUGGAGAAGUUUGUGUUGAUUUUAACUUAGUAAACGAAGACUGCUUGACAAAUGAGAGUAAAAAAUACAAAACCCGACGGGCAGUAAUGCUAAAACAAAUGAAACAAAAUUGUGCACGUUCAAAAAAGAAAUUAUCCAGAAUUAUUUUACCAGACGAUUCAAGUGAGGAGGAAAACAGUGUAAAUGAUGAAGGAGAAUCCAGCAUGGUCACCCCCGGCACUGUUAACAGGAACAAACACCAGGACCACUGUUUGGAUUUAGUACCUUUGGGGUCUUCACUGCAAUCCAAAGUCCAUUCUAAUUCGAAAGUUAAUCAGUCAGCAAAGCAGAAACAACAGACCCCAUUUAAUUUAAAAGAUACGAUUUUUGACGUCUCAGACUUCAAACCUCAGAGCCGUAAUAAAAAUGAAUCCUCCUCACCACCGUUCACUUCUGUUGAUCCACAGAAAGACCAUAGAAAAUUUUCAAUUCCAUCAAAGGUUGGCACUCUGGAGGAUUCUAGCACUUCAGGGACAUGCUGCUCCAGUGCAGGACCAUGCGUGGCUGAGACACAUUCUUCUCUUAGACUUCCACAGGAAGGAAAAAGUGCCUGUAUUCUUGUAGAUAGUCAUGAAAUCACUUCUGGUUUAGAAGUAAUUUCUUCCCUAAGAGCAGUUCAUGGAUUGCAAGUAGAGGUUUGUCCUCUUAAUGGCUGCGAUUACAUUGUGAGUAACCGCAUGGUGGUGGAAAGGAGGCAUCAGUCUGAGAUGUUAACUAGUGUCAGUAAGAACAAGCUCAUUGAGCAGAUCCAGCACCUGCAGAGCAUGUUUGAAAGAAUAUGUGUGAUUGUGGAAAAGGACAGAGAAAGAAGAGGAGACACAUCAAGGAUGUUUAGGAGAACAAAGAGCUAUGACAGCCUACUGACUACCUUAAUUGGUGCUGGAAUCCGAAUUCUUUUUAGUUCCUGCCAAGAAGAAACUGCAGAUUUGCUAAAGGAAUUGUCUUUAGUGGAACAAAGAAAGAAUGUUGGUAUUUGUGUUCCAAUGGUGGUGAACAGUAGUAAAUGUGAGGCACUUUCAUUUUAUUUAAGUAUUCCAAAUACAAGUUAUAUAACUGCAUUAAAUUUGUGUCACCAGUUUUCAUCUGUGAGAAAGAUGGCUAACAGCUCACCUCAAGAAAUCUCCAUGUAUGCACAUGUAACCCAUCAAAAGGCUGAGGAGAUCUAUAAAUAUGUUCACUACAUAUUUGACAUACAAAUGUUACCAGAUAAUAUUAACCAAGGUAGACUGAAAUCUGAUGCAUGACCAGGCUACUCAAGACGUGGUUAUCAGAGAACUCUCACAGUACUAAAUGCACUUCGGUUACCAUUGCUGUGGUUUGUGAUUAUCAAUUUAAAUUUGUAAAU